GGCGUUACGGGGGGAACAGGAAAUCGAUCCAGGAACUUUCAGGAAGGAAACUAAAAGUAGUCAGACGGCUGUCUACCUGUCUGUGGAGACGGAUGGAAUGCUCCAGGAACUCCAUCCUCCUCCAGACGCUCAAAGAAAACUUUCCAAAGGUAGUUAUGUUGUUUAGGAAAAUGGCAACUCCCACAUAGAAAAACAAUUUUAGGAGCAGAGAUUUGGUUUUGGCGAGUUUGGUUCCAGUGAAGAAAUGGCAUCGGCGCUCAAAUUAAACAGGAAUGAACUUUUGGAAGUUGACAUAUGUGAUGACGGCGUGCGCUCCCAAGACCAGAGCGACGUUUGCGUCAACGCUGCCGCCUGCCUCCGGGAUGAUUUCUCCGGCUUUCAGCAGUGGACGAGCCCCGCCGUAUCACCAAAUGACACAUCAUCACCUCCCAGACAGCAGGAGGGCCCCAGCAAGCACCGAGCUCUGCUUGCCACCGUUACUGCCACGCAAAGGACCAACACGGCCGGUGAUAGUGACUCUGAAUUCCAGGAAGAUGGAGGUAAAGCCCAGAGGACUUCCAUAGUGGACUAUCUGUUGGUGGAGCUUUAUGAGACGUACUGCGGAGGCAGCAGGAGGAAUGUGGACAGCUGGGACAGCUCCACCGAGGCAUCCGGAUCAGAUGCUUUCUUGGGCCGCAGUAACACCGGGUCCAGCUUCCUCCAGGAGCUCCAGGAAAAGCACACCAGGCGGCAUCAGAUGAGCUAUCUGGCCCAGAAAGCACCCGAAGAGCUGCGUUCAAUCAUCCAGGAGGUCAAGUAUCGUACGGGCCUGCAGUCGGCCAAGCUGAUUCGCCAGCUGAAGAGACGAGACCGACUUUGCCACAAACUGCAGAAGAACUACGACAUCAUCACAGCGUGCCUUCAGGCCGUCUCCCAGAAACGAAGAGUUGACACAAGGCUGAAGUUUACCAUUGAACCAUCACUGGGAAAGAAUGGCUUCCAGCAGUGGUACGAUGCUCUUAAAGCAGUGGCAAGACUUCCUACCGGGAUACCAAAGGAAUGGAGGAAGAGGGUUUGGCUAACAAUAGCAGACCAGUACCUCCAUAGUAUCUCUAUCGACUGGGAGAAAACACUUCGUUUUGCGUUUAACGAGCGGAGCAACCCAGACGACGAUUCCCUCGGCAUCCAGAUCGUGAAGGACCUACACAGGACAGGCUGCAGUUCUUACUGUGGCCAAGAGGGGGAGCAGGAUAGGGUGGUGCUGAAGAGGGUGCUGCUCGCCUACGCCCGCUGGAAUAAAACUGUGGGCUACUGCCAAGGAUUCAACGUCCUGGCAGCUCUCAUUCUGGAAGUUACAGAGGGGAAUGAGAGCGAUGCACUUAAGGUGAUGAUCUACUUGAUUGACAAAGUGCUGCCAGAGAGUUAUUUUGCAAACAACCUUCGAGCAUUGUCAGUGGACAUGGCGGUCUUCAGAGACCUGCUGCGCCUGAAGCUGCCCAGACUGUCCCAGCACCUCCAUCACCUCCAGAAAGCUGCCAACAAAGAGG